AUGAGCGUUGCUGCAGCAGGAGCAUGGGAGGAAGACAAAUGGCAUUGGAACAUGGAGAAAAUCAUCAGAAAUGAAGGAGAAGAAAAUAACCAUUUAGCGGAACAGUUGUUAGAGUUGCUGAAUGAAAUAGAACCGGAGGAGAACGACGGUGCCUUCACCGUUAACUCAUGUUACAAAGCAUUCGCAAAAAAGGAAACUUCUCAUUGGAUCACAACGAACAUGAAAGAAUCGCUUGCAAGUUUAUGGAAGGUGAGAGCUCCGACCAACAUUCUUCUUUUUGGGUGGAGACUAAUCCUAAACAGACUUCCAACAGAGGACAAAUUAACAGCUAGAGGAAUUGAAAUAGAAGAAACGAAGAAAGGAUGCGAACUAUGCAGAACCAGCACUGAAACAAGGUACCAUCUCUUUUUCGAAUGUUCUUUUAGCCAUCGUAUAUGGGAUGCUGUUUUCAAUUGGAUGGACAGCCCUCAUUGGAUAACAGAGAAAGAUUUUGAGGACUACCCUAACAGCUUCAAAAAGGUAGGAAGGAAGGAGACUAGGGAGAUGAUGUACAUGAUUUGGCUGGCUGUUGUUAGGACCCUUUGGCAUACAAGGAAUGCUGCAAUUUUUGAAGAAGAAGUGGUGAAUUUUGAAGACUGUUUAUCUUCCAUAAAACUCGUCUCUUGGAAGUGGAUAAACUCGGGUAGAAUAAGCAUCUCAAACUGUUGUAGCUAUUAUGAAUGGUAUAUAGCGCCAUUGUUAACUUUUCUCUAA